AUGAAACAAGGGGUUGUUAUAUUUACUUUGUUAGGCUUUGCAACCUGUAGUGGUGUUGGCAAUGAAUACUUACCAUCAAAUCAAGGAGGAGGACCUUACCAAGAAGUACCAAAUGCCUUUGGUAGUAGAUCCAGUUUUGCAGGCAAUGGUGGAGCUUCAAGAAAAUAUUCGACAUCUAUUUCAGGCCAGUACUCCGGAGCCGGUCAAUAUCCUGCUGCUUCUUCAGCUGCUCAAGCUCCAAUUCUUCGUCUGGACAACAACAACGACGGUGAUGGCUCCUACCAAUACGCCUAUGAGUCCGCCAACAACAUUAACGCUCAAGAACAAGGCGUAGGUGGCCAACAAGCUAACGGAGGCUUUUCCUACACGUCCCCAGAAGGUGAAACCAUCCAAAUCACCUACACAGCCGACGAAAACGGCUUCCACCCCCAAGGUUCACAUUUGCCAACUCCACCGCCUAUUCCAGAAGCUAUCUUGAAAUCCAUUGAACUUAAUAGACAGCUAGGUCAGGGUAGGAACCAAUAUAAUCCUCCAAGACCCAACUAUGGUGCUCCUCAACCACAAUAUGGUGCUCCAGUUGCUCCAAAGCUAGUUUUUAAGGCACCAAGUGCUUUCAAACCUUCUUUUGGUGGUACUGCUCAACGUACCUAUGUGCCACCAGCAACAGGAAGUAAUGGUGGGUACCAAUAUUAGAUGCGAUGAAAAUUUUAUUAAAAAUAUUAUGUAAAACAU